UGCUGGGCCCGGCGCCGGCGGCCGGCCACUGCCAGUGCGGCCUGCUGGUGAUGCUGGAGUCGACUGGAGGUCGGCCCUGGACUCUGGGCGAGACGGUGAUGGAGACGGGACCGCGACCGGCCGACUGUCGUCAGCCCUCCGCUGAGAUCGACUGCCUCAACUCCUGCGCCAACACGACUGUGGUCCUGACUGGCGACAUGAACCUUCGAAUGCUGCCUGUUCGACUCUCCAUUGAAACUCAACGUCACGUCUGUCUGACUCUUCGGCCUCAAGAAACUCGGACCUCCGAGCCGAACACCAUCAUGGAACGAACUGCCAGACGUCUGUCUGUGGGAGGAUUCUACCGCUACUGCUCUCACGACUGGAUGCACACCGGUGUCGUGUUUCCCGACAAAAUCUGCUGCCUGGAAAACAAGGUGGUCGACUGUAAUGACAUCAAGGAGCCUAAAGCGCUGCCAUUUAGAACAAUAUUCCGGAAGAGACGUCAAAUCCUCUUCAGGAACGUUGCUAAGCGCUCGAUUAAUCGGUCAACAGCCCAGUUCAGCGAUGCUGCAGGGAAACCGCCUGUCAAGGUGGCGAAUCCUCGAGCCCACCUAUUUGGCCCGCGCAUUGGUCGUGCGUUUUACGCCCCUUACCAGUACACUGAUAAGGCUAACCCAGAUGAGCUCUAG